CAGUUUAAACAUUACGUGGUACACUAACUCUGCCACUAAAGACCGAACAGUGGAGAUAUCACUGCCAAUUUAUAUAUAAAAAAAACAUUUGCUAAAUAAUUUGUAAUAUAAAAAUAUCAAAUAUCAAUUUUAUUUUGUAGAAAACGAUACUUCUUCACCCUUAAGGAAGCGCCGGGAGGAGUCGAAGAUUUCUGAAAAAAAAGUUUAUUAUUCAAUCACGUGACGGCGCUGCGGAAGUUUUGGGAUUUCUUAUGUUAUUUCUAGAAAACAAACGUAAGAAAAUCAAAGUGCAGAGCAAGCAGUCUGUAGAGAAGCGCGUCUAACUAAGAAGAGCCAACAGUAGGAAUAUCAAAAGAAAGUACCCGUUUUACUGAAGACAAGGGUUCCUUAAACCCCUGGGCUGGAGAAACUAAUUUUGGAAAUGGCCAUGAACUAACACAGCUGUUCUAAAACCAGAGGAAGCUCCUUCUUUCCCCUCAGGUUGUGCCAUGUCUUCUGAGGAGUCCUCCCUCCCGGUCUCUGAGUGGCUCACAGUGCUGCGUCUGAACCAGUACAUCAGUUCCUUUGAGAGGUUCGGCUAUGAGAUUGUCUCGGACUGCCGGGGGGUUACCAACGAGGAACUUCACCUUGCAGGAGUGGUCCUCCCAGGUCACCAAAAGCGAAUCCUGGCUAGCCUUGACAAGAUCUUUUCAGAAGAACCACAAAACCAGAAGCCAAUCCCCAAAAAGAGGAACAUAUUUCUCAGCCCAUCGCCCAGAAACGACUCCCAGGAUGAUUUGCCAAUGGAUGGUGACAUGAUGGAGGCUGGCAGCCCCAAAACUAAUGACUCUGUCAUCCAUGACAAGGCUCCCCCUCCCAUUCCACCUAGGGUGACACCCAAUCGGCCACCUGUCAAAUUCACUCCUGCUGUAGCCCCUGGACAUCUCCGAUGCCCCAAUACACUGCCCUUGGAGGCCACAACUUCAGAACAGCAACUCCUGAAGAAAUGCACGCCCUCCCCAGUUUCUGAGGAGUUUCAUCUUUAUGAGCAUUGUUCCUCUGACCAGACGAGCAAAGUUGUGCCACCGCUUCCAGCAAAACGUUAUGUCGUGGGUGCAAAAGAAACUCGGGCCCCGCCACCACUGCCAAAGCGUCCACCAGUGGCGCCACCAAGAACUGUGCCGUCCAGUAAUUCCCCUUCACUAAGCAAUCUGUCUCCAGUUAAUGAUCCAGAGGAGGGUGAGAAGGUCCCGGUGGUUCCCCCAAGGACCAAACUGUCUUAUCAGCCAUUCAGCCUACCUGACCUACCCCAGAGAAAAUCUCCUAAACUCUCAAAGAUCAAAUCUUCUUCAACAGACAGCUCAGAGGGCUAUGAAUAUUGUGAUCAGAUUGACGACAAUCUGUUUGACCCCGUAGAGAUGUCGGAAAAGGAAGAUUUCCUGACGGUAGAAAAGGGGAAGCGAUUGAACAGCCUCUACAGCGAUGACGAGCAUCUGGACGAAGAUAACGAUAGCUAUGAAGCCAUAUCAAAUAAUGGAAAGUCCUGGCAGGACUAUGGUCAGAGUAUGCUCCAGCAGAGAGUCUCUACUCGCUCAGUGGUCAGCCUGAAUAUAGGAGCGAAAGGAGAUGUCAGCACAGUGCCUCAGCUCUCGCCUGUUAUUAAACAUGGCUGGCUGUGCAAGAAUCCUCCACAGGGCUCGUAUAUCUACCAGAAACGAUGGGUGAAGCUUGAUGCAGAGUACUUGAGAUAUUUUGACAGUGAUAAGGACAUGUAUUCAAAGCGAAUCAUCCCAACGGCUUCUAUUACUAGUGUUGCUAAUGUGGGGGACCAGAAGUUUGAGGUGGUCACGAACAAUAGGACGUUUGUCUUCAAAGCCGAGAGUGACUCUGAUCGUAAUGAGUGGGUAAAGGUUUUGCAAGAGACUGUCCGAGACCACAAUGUGACGAACCGGGUGUCCUUGUUACAGCAGUCCAGCGCAGCCAGCGAGGAGAAGCAAGGCGCCCUGGAACUAAGGGGCCUGCGCUCCAAACUCUACGUGGUGGUGUCAGGGGAUAAAGUCUUUCUCUAUAAGAAUAACGAGGAUUACCAGCUAGGGAUCGGCAUCACUUCCAUAGAGAUGAACCUGGGAAAUGUGAAGGAUGCAGAUCGCAGGGCCUUCGACCUCACCACCCCCUACAGGACCUUCAGUUUUGUGGCAGAUUCAGACAAGCAGAAGGAGGAGUGGAUGGAGGCCAUGCAGAACUCCAUCGGAGAGGCUCUGUCCAACUAUGAGGUGGCUGAGAAGAUCUGGAAAGAGGAGUCCAAUUGCUUCUGUGCCGACUGUGGGGCCGCGCAACCUGAAUGGGCUGCCAUCAACCUCUGUGUGGUGUUCUGUAAGCGUUGUGCAGGUGAGCACAGAGGUCUUGGGCCAAGCAUCUCAAAAGUACGGAGUCUGAAGAUGGACAAAAAAGUUUGGACUGAGGAGCUUGUUGAGUUGUUUCAGGUGCUGGGUAAUCGGCGGAGCAAUGCAUUCUGGGCAGCGAACGUGCCCCCGAGUGAGGCGCUGUCACCAGCAAGCACCAGUGAAGAGAGGCGGAGAUUUAUCAGUGCCAAAUACCGGGAGGGGAAGUACCGGCGUUAUCAUCCACUGUUUGGGAACCAGGAGGCUCUGGACAAGGCUCUGUGCAUCAAUAUGCAGUCAAGCGAUGUUGGUGAGACGCUCUCCCUAGUGUUUUGUGGGGCAAAUGUGAACUGUGACACAGGAGACCCGGACUGCCCCUCCCCCAUCUCCCUGGCCAAGAGCUUUGAUCAAAAGCUGCAGGUGGAGUUCCUGGCCCAGAACAAAAACACAGAGAUCCCGAGGUCAGAGGUGGGAGGUCACCUGGACCGGCAAUACUAUGUGGCUCCACCCUCAAUCACUCACAAUGGAUUUCUGUUCAAGACAGGGUCAAUGGGAAAGCCAGUUACAGAACGGAAAGCUAAAGAAGAGUUCAGCCAGCGUUGGUGCACCUUGAAUGAUGGGGUUUUCAGUUACUUCGAGAGCCCUCGGAAUUCCACCCCCAAUGGGGAUCUCCGAAUGAAAGAGAUUGCAUGUCUUGCUGUCGGUGUUCCAGAAACACAUGGUUACGAUCACACAUUUGAGAUUUACACAGACUCGGAACGCCUCUAUCUGUUUGGAACAGACAACUCGGAUGCUAUGAGAGAGUGGGUGAAAUCCAUUGCCAAGUCGUUUAUCCCAUCCAGUGCGGAAGACUUGCUGAAUCGGGAUUUUGAGCGGAUCGGGCGGCUGCAGUACAAAGACGGGUUGAACCUCCAGAGCCCCAAGGUGGGCUGGUUUGCAUUGGUGGGCUCCACUCUGCAUGUCUGCUUCGAGGACAGUGAAGAGGAAGAAGCUAUCCAUCUGAAGAAGCUGCAGGAGCUCUCGAUUCAGCAAGAAAAUGAAGUGCUGGUUUUGGUGGAGAGAAGGAGGACCCUGUAUAUCCAAGGGGAACGGAAGCUAGAUUUCCAGGGCUGGUCCAGCUCCAUACAGAGGGCAGCCGGGAGCUCGGGACAUACACUAUGCGAGCAACAGCUAACAGAGGCUGACAUCCCCGUGAUAGUGGACAGGUCAAUCGACUACAUCACGCAGUGUGGCUUGACCUCGGAGGGGAUCUACCGGAAGAGUGGAGUGAACUCCAAGAUUGCGGCGCUGCUGGAGAGUUUCCGCCGGGAUGCGCGGAACGUGCGCCUGAAGGAGGGCGAUCACCAGGUGGAUGACGUCUCCAACGUCCUCAAGAGGUUCUUCCGAGACACAGAGGAGGGCAUGUUCACCAGCCAGGCUGCAAACGAUUGGCUCAGCACGCCAGCUAUGGCAGACGAUUGCCAGCGGGUCCUUCAUUACCAGGCACUGCUCAACAACCUGCCAAGAGUCAACAAGGCCACUCUGAGAGCCCUUGUCAAUCAUCUCUACUGUGUCCAGUGCUUUUCAGACAUAAACCAGAUGAACCUCCACAAUCUGGCCAUCGUUUUCGGUCCCACACUCUUCCAGACAGACGGCAAGGACUACAAUGCAGGGAGAGUCGUCGAGGACCUCAUCAGCCACUAUGUGGCCAUUUUUAAUGUCAAUGAGCAACAGCUCAAGAAACAACUGGAUGAAAUCUCAGCCAUCAUCAAAUUACGGGACCUCAACUCCAGCAGUAAAGUGCCUCCUGCUGGUGAUUUCAUAUGCACAGUUUACCUUGAAGAAAAAAAGGAGACAGCUGAGCAGCACAUAAAGAUCCCAGCCACCAUGACGGCAGCAGAACUAGCUUUUGAGAUCCUUGACCGCAGGAAAAUCACUGUCCGAGAGAAUGAUUACUGGUGCUGCUUCGAGGUGAAUGAGAAGGAGGAGACAGAGCGUUCCCUGCACUACCAGGAGAAGGUGUUGCCCAUCCUGCACUCUCUGGGCACUGAAAGCUACCUAGUGGUGAAGAAACAUUUCUCUAUGGAAGCCAUGCUCAUCUACCUAGCAAGCAAAGUGGAUGACUCAAAGCAUGGCAUGAUAAAGUUCCGUGAGGACAGACAUUUGCUUGGCCUUGGCUUGAGUGCUUUCCAUGAUCGGUACUUCAUAUUGAACAGAACAUCACUACGACUCUAUAAGGAAGUGCGGAGUCUUCAAAAACUGCAAAGGGCAGAGCAGCAGUGCAGUCACAGACCAGAGAAAGAGUGGCCCGUCAAAUCUCUCAAGAUAUACCAGGGAAUCAAAAAGAAACUGCGACCACCAACCUGUUGGGGUCUUACAGUUGUAUAUGCAAAUGAGAAACACGAAAAACAGCAAUGGUACCUGUGCUGUGACACCCAGACAGAGAUGAGGGAGUGGCUUUCCACCUUUCUAAGUAUACAGCACGACGGGAAUGUGUGGCCCUCAGACUCGAUGAAGGUGUGUGCGUCCCGGGUUCCUCUGGACGCCAGGUUGGGUAACAUCUCUCUGAUCCCGUUGAGGGGCAGUGAGAAUGAGAUGAGAAACAGCGUGGCUGCUUUUGCUGCUGAUCCGCUUGCUCUCUUUGGGAAAGUCUGAGAGAGUGGCAUAAUUUCAGCAGCAAUAUGGACAGGCAGGAGAAAGAAUCAUGAAGAAAGAUGCCUGGGACUGAGCAGAACUGGAACCUGAAACAAUUUUGCACAAGAACCUAAAAAAUGUCAAGACAGUUUGUCGUUUUGACUACUGGAAAAGUAAAAAUGGAUGCAACUUGAAACAGACUUUGUACACUUGCUAUCCUGGGGACUAACCAAACCCAGAAGUUGUAAAGGCCUCUUUCUUCACUGCUGUUGCCACAUUUAGUUCCAAGUCACGGAAAUUGCUGCUCUGUGUAGUUCAGCAGCUCUAAGCCCUUGUACAUCAUAGACUUUGAAAACUAGAAGUUGACCCAUCUCUCCUUCCAUCAACAUCUGGAGCUCACCGAUGCUGGUAACGUCACUGGGCAUCCCAGGCACAGAAUAGUGCUUCCAUGGUUAUCAUUUGUAUAAUUCUAAUCUUAACCACAACUCUUGCUGUUUUUUGAUGAACAAUCAAACAAAACUCGGAUCAUGUUCAAUAGAACACUGUCUGAUAACUGGAACAAGUUGUCCCCUAGACAGUUUGUUUUGCCACAAACCCAACUUUUACAUGUUCUCUCCACUUAACCAGUGCUUGACUGAGGUAGAACUGCAUUCUGCUUUUGAUUGGUGGGUUUUAUCUCCCCCGUGGUAUCAGUAGAACCAGACAUAUGCACUAUCAAGCAAGGCUAUGCUGAGGUGCUUGACUAAAAUAUCUUGAUUUAGUGGUAAGCUUGUGAUCAUUCUAUUUAGAAUAAAAAAAAUAUUUAAAUCCAAUUUUAUGGUUAUAUUCAUUAUUAUUACUUUUUUUAGUUUUUGUUUUUUAAAGAACGAAUAUACAAGAUUUAUGACCCAUAAAUAUAUAACCUGUAUUCUUUUUUUCUCUCUGCUUUCAAAAUUUAACACUUAAUCUACCUGGAGUACACUAGAGGAUUCAGUGGCUUUUAUUUGUAAUUUAUGUCAAGUUUUUAUGACGCAUACAUCCCUAAUUUAAUAUCCUUUCUUAUUCUUGAACUGCAGUUUAUCAAGUUAAACUAUGGGAAACUGUCAUUUAACAAAAACAUUCUCUAUUUGUUCUGGGUUUUUACACAAAAAAAUCUAUCAUUAAAAAAAAAAAAAAAUGUAUAUGAGAUUAUUGUCAUGGUGGAUCAAGAUUACAUCUGUAGAUCCUGCUGGACUUCCAUGUUUUUAAUGUACAUCACCUAAAUCUUCAAAGUGGUUUGGCUAAGAGAUUGAACUGUACACUGCCCUUGACACUGGGAUAGAUCGAAGGCAGUCUGCUUGCAUUACCGCACAGCAGAACUAGAAAGUUAUUAAGGGCCAUUUGUGCCAUUUGGCUCCAAUUCUAAGGGUAGUAGCUUACUUUUAAUUUGCAGCAGUUUCAUAUCGUGGAAGGCUGGAAAAAUUUUUUCUUUACAGGCCAGUUGCGAUUGAACUAGGGUUUUAAUUUCUCUCUGCUCAAGUCCUCAUCUCUAACCAAUUGACUUGAUCAGCUUGAUAUCUUGGUCGUAGAAAAUCUCACCAGUUACUAAAAGACACAUGGCAGUAAAUGUUGAGAGAACAUGGACGAGGUGUCUUUGUAGACGUGUGCUUUGUUUGUUUAAGCUCCCCUACCUUGUAAGGAAACCGCCACACUGAUCAAUAGGCUACUCAGCCUUCAUAUGAGAGUGACGCAGCCCCUGCCGAUCCUGAGAGAGUCCUUAUAACACUACAGCCAUGGCAGAUGCUGGAUGAUUAUGCUUCUCCUGCCCUUUUCCAGCUAAUCUUGUGAAAAGCUGGUAAUUUCAUAACGUACAUAGAAGGCUAAUUCUACACAAUUAGGCUGAUUUUCUCUUUUUUGGCUUUACCUUGUGACAUGCUAUUUCUAGAAACUCUGUAAGAAUGACAAACACUGUAAGAUAUAUCUGUACAGGCUACACAAACUCUUCCAGAAAGGCAGGUAAACUGUUAGGACAAACUACUGCAGAGCGUAGUCAGACUGCAGUUUGAUUGAUGGACAACCGUGGGUAAAAUACAAUUUUAAUGAUCUUAAACUGCAGUCACACAGAGUGCAAUUAAUGUAAAGUAUUAGCUGUAUUAGUAAUGUAUUAAUUAACUGCACUCCAUGUUUUUCUCCCAAUUUAAUGUGCUGUACCAGUUAUUGGAGUAAAACAUGUAGUUGGUUUCUGUCUUUCCAUCAAUACCAAUUGAAAGUCUAAUCUGUUUAUUAUUUUGUAUAAAAGUAAUAUCUGUUUCUAAAUUACGCUGUAUAUCCUGCAGAAGCUGUGUCAAUGAUUGUGAAAAUUGUUAUUGUUAUAAUUGUUGUUUUUUUUUUUUUACACUUAACUCAAGAGCCCACAUAGGUUUAAUGCCAUUGAGGGGCAGUGCAAAGUCACUUGGUCGCCUAUUUCUAAUUAUUAAAUAAAUUGUAACAGUGUUGUCAUUUA